AUGCCUCCCACGCUUCCCUCCACUCUGCUUCACACGAUAUCCUCGCAUAAUGGCCCAGUGAAUGCGCUUACAUUCUCUUCUCUCGGUGGCACCUACAUUUUAUCUGGCUCUUCUGAUCGCCAAAUCCACCUCUCUCGCAGCGAGCCUACUUCUACCUCGACUCCUGUCAAAGCGCGUUCCACCACUGCGAGCACAGCACCGAUUCAAAAGUAUGUCGCGCACGGCUACCCCAUCCUCGACAUCUCUUGCUCGGCCGACAAUCAGACCUUUGCGUCAGUAGGUGGGGACCGAUCCGUCUUCCUUUGGGACGUCCAAGCUGCGUCUACGAUUCGACGCCUUGGUGGGACGCAGCAGGGCCAUACUAGUCGCAUUAACACUGUUUCAUUCGCUGGUGCUGAAGACUCGGUGCUGGUCAGCGGCAGUGAUGAUAGGACUGUUAGGGUCUGGGAUUUGAAGAGCAGAAAUGCCAAUCCUAUCAUGGUCUUCGAAGAGGCUGGUGAUUCUGUCUCUGCCAUUGUGGUGAGGGGCGAGGAGAUAAUUGCCGGAAGUGUGGAUGGGAGGGUCAGGAGUUACGAUGUCAGGAUGGGAUUAUGUACAGAGGAUACUAUGCCCGCUGCUGUCACUAGUGUUCAGAUUACCGGAGAUGGGCAAGCACUCCUUGUUGCGUGCCUCGACUCUAAAAUCAGAUUGAUUGACCGGAAGGAUGGCACAAGUUUGCGGGCUUUCUGCGGCAAUGAAUUCAAGAAUGAAGAGUUGAGAAUCAAGAGCUGCUUUGGAAAAGGCGAGGUGGUUGUGAUGAGUGGUUCUGAAGGUUCUGGCACGGUUAACGUUUGGGAUGUUAUGACUGGACAGGUUGUGGGUACUAUUGAAGCUGCAGAGAAGGUUAUCAGCGUUGUCAGAUGGCGUAAGAAAGGCAGAGGAGUCGAAGGCAUAUGGGCUAGUGGCGGAGCAGAUGGUGUGGUACGGGUGUGGGGCGAUUGA